GCUGUGUCCAUUUAGUGGCCAAAAUAUAUAAGGUAGAGCAUUUUUAUGACUGUCAGUGCAUUUCCAAUUGUCAUUUGUUAUACAAGUAGGCGUAAUAUUCGUAAAUAUUAAAAAUGUCGGCCAUAAUUCUGAUGACAGUUUUGGCUGUUGCAUCAGUAGCCGCAGACCCGUUAUGGAUCAGUCCAUACUUGUCAUCUCCCUACGUGUCGGCUCCUUUUACGUCAGCCGCAUAUGUUGCUGCGCCGUCAGCUGCAGUCAUAGCCGCGCCUUCAGUCCCUACUGUGCCUGCAACUCUGCCGUACUCCUCAGUAUCAGCCUAUAGCUAUGGAUCAGCGUACACGGUGCAGGACUACGCCCCAACUCUAGUCAAGUCGGCGCCCAACGCUAUAGCGUACAGUCUUCCAUACGCGUACGCAGCGGACUAUUUUUACCGCAGAUAAUUUCUGUAGGUUUUAAUUCGAUGUUACGUGUUUUAUGCCCUGCCAUGUGAUAUUUAUUGAAAACUAAUAAAAUUUUAAAAUGAU